UACCGAUCAGUUCCGUUUAUUGAAGAACAUGAAGAGUUUAGAGCAAAACGCUAUCACAUUAUCGAGCAAAUAAACGAAGAGUUUGAGAUUCAACUCAGUGAAUUCACGUGGACCGAAAUGGCGGAAUGUUUACUACAAGCUUACGACAAAUAUAAAACUUUCGAAGAGACUUGGAAAAUUGUGAAGUUCACUUCGUCUGGCAAAGAAACUUUAGAAACCGAGCAGCUUCCAGUGAUUUCGGACAAAAUCUCUACCGAAACAUUGAUGAAUGAAAGUUUUGAAAGGACCAAUGGAGAACCUUUAAAAACUAUAAUGAAGACUCCCUGCCAUAAAUUAAAUUCCAACUCUGGUAGCUCUCGAAGAUCUGCGCGCGGUAAAAAACCUUCACAUUCCUUUUUAGAGAAUAAAGGAGAAGAGCUUAAUUUUUAUGAGUUUCUAUCGCUUCCGACUUUUGUGUUCUUAUUAGAGUGGAACAGUCAACGGCGUGCUCAUAAUUAUACCCGCCAGCCUGGAUACCGCUUUUUUAAAGAAAAAGUAGACAGCCAUCUAAGAAAUGGUGGCUAUAUGAAGGAAGAAAAACUUCUUGCCUCACAAUUUUUACUGAAAAGCGGUGAUUUGAUUGGGUUCAUUCCUAUAGACUUCUAA